UGAUGGGAGCAAAUGGACAAGACUUUGCACUGAUUGGCUGCCCCUGUGCGGCCUCGGAAGCUCCUGCACACGAACGUAGAUGAUUAAAGUAGAGUAGUCAAUAUCACGUUGUGACGAAAAAGCUUCCGAGUUCUUAAAAUUCUGACCAGUUAAAUGGGUUAGACUACAGUGAAGGAAUUUAUGUGUGCAUAUGAAAGAGAAGAGUGUGCCAAUCGAGUUCUAGCGUUACGGAAGAGGAAGGAAAACUUUUCUUUCUCCACUUUCUCCGCGCUACGUAUAAUUUUGUGAAUUUCCAUCAUGUCAGGCUGCAGCAAAGACCGUGCUAAUUAAGGGGCCUGCUCGCCACUCUCUUCCCAAAUCGGCGCUCACUCGCAGCACAGACGCGCCUUCUCCGACUAGCAAAGCCUGCAACGAAAAAUCUCAAGUUAACUCGGGAGCGCGCGACUCUACAUCCUUCCCUCGGUCUAUACGUAUCAGAGGAACUCCCUCCCUCUCCCCCGCCGUUCUUCGAAGCCUUCGUAGCAAUUGGCCAGUCGGGCCGGUGGAGGCGGGCACCGAAAACAAAUUACGACGGCGGGGCCUUGGUUGUGUUGGGAAGGCGGGCUUCGGGCUGAUUGGCGAGCCGGAAGGCUCGAGGGGAGGACGCGAUUGGUCAGGAGCACGAAAGGUGGGCGGGGGCAAAUCGAGGUAAUUUUAACGACUGCUUCCUGGAAUUUUGCUUGCAUUCUGGAAGAAAUAGGCUAUUGAAUAAGCCUAGGAGACAUCUUUAUAUUUUAAAAAUAAAAGUGUCAUCGCCUUGACUGCUGCAGGACAGUUUAGAAGCUUGAACCUUGUAUCUGGGGGGUUGAGCCCCACACAUGCUGAUGAAAACAGAGCUUUGGGAGAGAAAAGAAGACUGCUUUCUGUAGCCGUGUGAGAAUCACUGCAAUGGCAGCUGCAGUUGCCACCAAGACCGCUUGGAAGCUGCAGGAAAUCACUGCUCACAGCAGCAAUGUUUCUUCACUUGUGUUGGGCAAAAGCUCAGGUCGGCUCCUUGCAACUGGUGGAGAUGAUUGUCGAGUUAAUAUCUGGUCAAUUAACAAGCCGAACUGCAUUAUGAGUCUAACGGGUCACACCACACCCGUGGAGAGUGUGAAGAUUAAUACGAAUGAAGAGCUGAUUGUUGCGGGGUCCCAGUCAGGCUCCAUUCGGAUCUGGGAUCUGGAAGCUGCCAAAAUUCUCCGUACAUUAAUGGGCCACAAAGCAAAUAUCUGCAGCCUAGACUUCCAUCCUUUUGGAGGCUUUGUAGCUUCAGGAUCCAUGGACACCAACAUUAAGCUUUGGGACGUGAGAAGAAAGGGCUGCGUCUUCAGGUACAAGGGCCAUACUCAAGCAGUCCGCUGUCUCCGAUUCAGCCCUGAUGGCAAAUGGCUGGCGUCGUCUGCAGAUGAUCACACAGUGAAGUUGUGGGACCUGGCUGCUGGGAAGAUCAUGUUCGAGUUCACAGGACACACAGGGCCUGUCAACGUUGUAGAAUUCCAUCCCAAUGAAUACCUGUUGGCCUCUGGUAGCUCUGACAGAACAGUCAGGUUCUGGGACUUGGAGAAGUUCCAGGUGGUGAGCUGCAUUGAAGAGGAGGCCACUCCUGUCAGGUGUGUGAUGUUUAACCCUGAUGGCUGCUGCUUGUAUGCUGGCUGCCACGAUACCCUGAGAGUGUAUGGCUGGGAGCCUGAGCGCUGUUUUGAUGUGGUCUUGGUGAAUUGGGGCAAGGUGGCUGAUUUGUCUAUCUGUAACAAUCAACUGAUUGGUGUUUCUUUCACACAAAGCACAGUCUCUUCCUUUGUGGUGGACCUCAGCCGAGUCACAAAAUGUGGGCCUGGCACCCGUGGACUGAUUCGGGAUGACAAGCCUCUCACUCAGCCCUUGCCUGCGGGCUCUUCCCUUCGACGCAUCUAUGACAGGCCAACGACAACAUGCAGCAAACCCCAAAGAAUGAAACACAACUCAGAGAGCGAGAGGCGCAGUCCAAGCAGUGAGGACGACAGGGAAGAUAAGGAAUCCACAGCGGAGAUCCAGAACCCAGAAGACUACAAUGAGAUCUUCCAGCCAAAGAAUCCCAUAACUCGAACUCCACCCAACAAGAGCGAACCUUUUCCUGCACCUCCAGAGGAUGAGCCCAUGGUUGCCAAAGAAGCCUCAAGGCUCAGUCAAGUGGCAGAUAUUCCGACUCCGUUGCCAAGCCAAGAGAAUCAGCCUGACCCAAUUCAGAGGUCGCCAAUAGCAUCCUCGACCCCCAAGACCAAGGUUGAGCCAUCUGUGAUCCCUGCAGCCAGGAAUGAGCCUAUCGGGCUGAAGGCCUCUGACUUUUUGCCAGCUGUGAACAACCAAAACCUGACGGAGAUUGUGGAUGAAGAGGCCAUGUCCCAAAUCCGGAAGGGACAUGAGACCAUGUGCGUGGUGCUUACCAGCCGCCACAAGAACCUGGACACCGUGAGGGCCGUGUGGAGCACUGGAGACAUCAAGACAUCUGUGGACUCUGCAGUGGCCAUCAACGACCUCUCCGUUAUGGUGGACCUUCUGAACAUCGUCAACCAGAAGGCGUCUCUUUGGAAGCUGGAUCUGUGCACAGUCAUCUUGCCUCAGAUAGAGAAACUUCUGCAAAGCAAAUAUGAAAGUUACGUCCAGACAGGCUGCACUUCUCUGAAGUUGAUCCUGCAGAGGUUUCUGCCCCUGAUCACAGACAUCCUUGCUGCACCGCCAUCCGUGGGGGUGGACAUCAGCAGAGAAGAGAGGCUUCACAAAUGCCGCCUGUGCUACAAGCAGCUGAAAAACAUCAGCAACAUCAUCAAGAACAAAUCUGGACUCAGUGGCCGCCACGGCAGUGCCUUCCGUGAGCUGCACCUCCUGAUGGCUGUCCUUGAGUGAUGCAGUGGUGCCCUUCAUCCAUCCACACAUACCGCCCGAGGCUCGUCUUCCCUCCAUGGCCUCUCACUCCAGCCACGUUGGGUAGUUUUGUUUGGUGUCCAUCUCUCCACAGUCCUCCAGGAGGUAAGGGAGGGGGGCUGAUGGGUUGGGUGCUCCAUGUUCAGUGCCUUACAGGCUACAUUGCAAACCAGACUGUCCUGCUGUGGCACAGCCCCCCGCCUUUCUGUGUACAUAGCUGCCUUGGGCAGGGGCGGGGGGCAGCAAAUGGGAAUGCUGUGUUAGAAUCCAACCAUGGACCGCAUCUCUAGACCCUGGCAACCAGCAGUGUUUGGGACCAACUUUCCAGUCUCACUGUGGUGGGGCUUGAGGCAGGAGUGGGUGGGGCUGGACCACUUGCGUGUGCAACUUAGUCUCUUGGGCUGGAGAGUUGAGCCCCCCCACUGCUGCCCCCUCUUGUUUUGUUCCAUGGCGGAAAGGCUCGAUACUGAGGAAUGGCCUGCUCUUUCCCCUUCAUCUCUUGUUAAUACGCUGCAGUCUGCUAUUCAUAAACUGAUAAGUUAUGAUUAAUUUCAUUAAAACGUUUGUAACUUUAUUUUGAAAAACGGUAGUUUUGUGUCUUUCCCCUUCCAUGGCUCAUAAUUUUGUUAAGGUUACAGAUUCAUAUUCUAACUCCCACAAAAUGAAAGUCUUAAAAUGCUUUACUUUAUAUAUUAUGCCCUUUUGUUCUUUAAAAUGAAAGUGACCUUUGGCCCCUAAAGUAACCUAGGAAAAAGCAGAGAGGAAGGGGGGUAGCUCCAGCUCUGUUCACCCCAGCAGCCCACAGACAUACCCAGAGGUUUUUCUCCUGGUUUGUGGAGCCAAGUACAGUGGGGGUGAAUGCCCUCUGGUGUUGGAUGUCCGCUAAUGACCAAGUUAACUCCAAUUUGUAAACUAAAUCCACCCCAGAGGGAAAUUUCAGGCACUUGUGUCAAAAGGAAAAUGUUAUAGCUGUUUAUGAUAGCAAAUGGGAGGAAACAGCUUUGUUAAAAAUGAUCUGAAUCUGAAUUAAGUUGCAGCAGAUUGACUCAGAACAGAUUGGGCUGAUGAGCAAAGCAACAGAUACAUAUCCAAAUUGAAUCUUUUGGCUCAUGAACACCCUUAGUAAAUGCCAGUUUACAAUUUGCCAUUUUAGUCUGAUCUCCUUGAACGCUACUUCAUUUGUGUGUUUCGUCUUUUUAAUUUUAUACGCCUGAUGGCAUGACUGCAUUUCAUUUAAUUUUAUAAAGUGCUUGGCACUAGCACUGUAUUGAAUUGUUGAGUGCUGUGAGCUUACGUUUGAAGAAAGUUUAUUAUUUGAAAGUGAGAAAACUAGGGAUACUCAAGGAUUCUGAUGUAUAUAUUCCAGAGUGAAUUCAUCUAGUACACAUCAUGGGUGGAAUCCAUGGAGGUCCAAGGUGUUCCCCCCCCCCUUUUUUAAGAAAGGCAGACCAUAGAUCACCUCAUAACACUUAAAUUUGCAGAGAAAUGCAUACUUUGGACUUCAAAAAACAAAACAAAACACAAUGAGAGAAAACAGAAGGAACACAGGCAAAAGUGAUGAGGACUUAAAAUAAACAGAUAUAUCCUUAAAUACAAUAAUAAAAACAAAUAGGAGCAAAUAAGUAAUUCUGUAUGUUACAGGGACAAUGAUCCCUUCUGCAGAGUUCAUUAGAGGAUUUCUAAUCACCUGGAGUAUGGGGGAGGAAAGAUGAAAUUCAGAGGAAAUGCCUUUAGUCCCUGUCAAUACAUGGCUUUCUCAUAGCUGCUCUGGCCUAGCCAACUACUCAAUGUGUGAAGUGAGUACUAGUGUUGCAGGUUAAGCUCUGCCCUAGUCCAGCUGAAUUUUGCUUCCACUAUUGCUUUCCUGUUACAAGGAAGACUGCUGAGUUGUUUGUUUUAUAAAAAGUAGAAACACAUGGUGCUUGGAAGCCACAUCUUGGUGCAAAGAGUUUAUUAAAUUAAAAAAUCAAUGCAGAGGGCCAAAAGGAUGGGAAUGGGUCUAGGACCUCCAUUCUCCCUUUAAAAACAUAGUAAAAUUCACCUCAUGUCAAAUAGGCAGAUGAAUUGUCUCCUGAAGUCCAGUUGCAUCCAAGCCCAAGUCCAUCCAUUGCCAGCAACGGAUGAGGUACAACAGGGGGCUGGCAUGUCACCUUCUCUCAGGAUGGCAGUGUGUCUGAUGGAGAGACCCUUCGCAAUUCAAGGGCUGGCAGAUGGCACCACCCUUUUUGCUGUGGCUUCUCUUUCUUUGUGUCUCCUAAAUCAGUGUCCAUUAGCCUCUGAGGUGGGCAGGAAAUGAGUAGUCUCUUUAAAAAGUAUUCAUGGUUUCUGAAACUCCUUUUAAAAAAGCAUGUUCCUCAAAUCAGCUGCAUCACACAGGGAUUGGCCUCAGUUUCCCUAAAAAACAAACACCACAAGGGAAAAGAUUAGGGCACUUUGCUUUCUAUUCCUGCAUCCACAGUGAGUGCCAACAUCUCUCUGCUACAUGCAUAACAGGUCACCCAUGAGUGGCAGCUGGCCAAGCUCCAGCCAAAACCUCUGUGCAUAAUGUCAUGCUAAUUAAGUUUAAACUAAUAUAAUGCUGUUUGAAAAUCUAUACAUUAAAAAAUCCAAAACUAAAAGAAUUUACAAAUUGUGUUCUAUAAUCUAAUGGCAAAUGAUCCUUCAAGUUAUGGUUACUGCAUUGGUGAUUCUUGCACAGGAAAAGUUUCAGAAUAUGGAGCACUUUCUUAAAGCAACAGAAAGGAGAAGCUGGUCAGGGGUAGGGCAGAAAGCCAUCUCUGUUGACAGAUUUGGAGAUCUGAUUUGAGAUGUGAAGCAGAAAAGGAAUCUAUGAAGGAGCAGGCAGUUAUGCAGGCACUUUAAGUACAGUAUACGAUUAGAUCAAAGAAGAGUUAUCAUACAAUGCCCACAGGCUCCAUCCCUUGAAUGCACCUCCAUGGUUACAAGCAAUCAAACCAUGCUUUAAGAAGUAAAAGAUGGAAACUUAAGUUCUCAAGGUUCAGCGCCACUUUCCAGAUUCUGCAGAUGUGAAAAUGCCAUUAACUACAAGCCCUGACCCCAAGAAAACAGGAGAUGUUGUGCCCAUUCCCUGCCUCCCUGGCCAAAGCAGAGCCCUUCACCUUGCUAAGCAGCUUAAUCUCCAGCACCCAGCACCUGUCCACACUCACCUGGAGGCAGACAGAGCUUCUCUUAAUUCCAGGCUGAAAUCAAAUGGGACAACAGGUUUGUUUUGCAUCCCCACACUUAUAAAUUAAGAGAAAAGCAGCCGGGUGUGUACUGCAUUAAUGAACAAUUAGCUUCUUGGUGCUGGGUGACACCAUCAUGUCUUGAUGAGUUUACUCACAGCAUCUGGCUGUCCACCAUGGCUGCUGGAACCUUUGAUUUGAUCCAACAAGAGCAAUUCUAAUCCUUGAACUUUCUAGAAAAGUUUGUGAACAUGGAGUGUGCCUGACAAAUGAUGGAUUUGAGGUUGGAGGCAAAAGUACUAUCUCUGUUCUAAUUGUAAAUGAGGAUAGCUGAUCUCAAAGCAAAGGUGCAUGGAGAUGAAUGUUGUCUAGAGGGCUCCCUACACUGUGUUUCUUCUGGAAUACACGACGUUCUAUGCACCCAUCCCUCCCCUCCCAUUGUGACCUGAUUUGCACUGGGAAGAGCAGAAAGCCACUACUCAUGAACAUGAGCAGCCAGAAGAUUUUCUAAGCACCCGGCAUCCAUCCUGGCCAAAUCAAUCCCACUCUCUACUGCCACCCCUACCUACAGUAUAUACCGAAUGGAGGGGUGGCUGGACCAGGAAGGUUGUCUGAUCUGCUUCCUUGAGGGACGUCUCAAUGCCUAUUUGUGUGUCUGACAUCAUAUGGUAGAUGAGACGUCAGCCUCCUGUCUACUGCACCCUUCCUGAUACCUCUAUCAUGCUUCUCCUUCCUUCCUCCUACCCUUGGAUGAUUACACAGCAGCAGUGAGGAGAGGGCUUGCUCUGCUGCAGGCCUCAUCUUCAAAAUAGUUUUGAAAUAGUUAGGCAAAUGCACACGCAGAGACACUCUGAGUGACCAGAGGCCCCAGUUGUGGAAUUCGGCUCAACUCUACAUGAAAACCCAGAGAGCAUCACUGUGUCUCAGAAUCUCUGGGAGAGCCAGAGUGCCCUGAGGUGCAAAAGGAAGAGCCAGCUUCUAUGCAAGUCUUACCUGACGUCUGGAGUCUUGCCCGGAGUGAACUCGCUCGCCGAGUCCGAGGAGAAGACUGACUUCGGAUGCAGGGCUGUGCUGUGACUGAUGAUGAGUCUGCCUAGAAGAAGAAGAGCCACAGGAGUUUGCAACAUUUUAUGUUAACUUUGUGGAGGUUUGUGGUGUGUGGGUGUGUGAUUUUAGCACUAUGUACAGCAAACAUCAAACUUCCAAAAUAGAAGUUGUAAAACACCGAAAUUGGAAUUUCCAUAGUAGUAACAUACACAAUAACUGAAUUUGAUGUUAAGCCAAUAUAACCAGGGCCCACCCAAUACAUUUUGGCACCUGAGGUAGACCCCAAAUGGCACCAGGGAAGAAGGGGCAAGGGAAGAUCUACGUCAGGAACAAGGGGGUAAGGAAGAUCACUGGGAUUUGCCCCUGUGGAUCCUACUGCCUGAUGCGGUUACUUCACCUUGCCUCAUGGGUGGGCCAGCCCUCAAUAUAACAUAAAAAGUCGUAAGAGAAUACAACAAACUUACCAAACUAAAAGUAAAGGUAAAGGGACCCCUGACCAUUAGGUCCAGUCGUGACCGACUCUGGGGUUGCGGCGCUCAUCUCGCAUUAUUGGCCGAGGGAGCCGGCGUACAGCUUCCAGGUCAUGUGGCCAGCAUGACAAAGCCGCUUCUGGCGAAGCAGAGCAGCACAUGGAAACACCGUUUACCUUCCCACUGUAGUGGUACCUAUUUAUCUACUUGCACUUUGAUGUGCUUUCGAACUGCUAGGUUGGCAGGAGCUGGGACCGAGCAACAGGAGCUCACCCCGUCACAGGGAUUUGAACCGCCAACCUUCUGAUUAGCAAGCCCUAGCUAGGAUCUGUGGUUUUGGCUGAUUUCCCCUCAGAUCUAUUUCUUGUUUACCUAAGAAAUCAGAAAUCUGAAGUGGAAAAGGCCUUGUGGGUUAGUCUUUAUACUAGAUCACCCAACCACCACCUGUCUGGUGUCCAAAUUAUACCAAAAGCACUUCCAUGUGGGCAAAGUAUGAAGCAAGAAUAAGCCCAAAGAUGCACUCCUGCAUAAGAAAGCAGGAUGAAACCAAUGAGGGCUAGUUACCUCUAAGUGCUCCUGACUUGUCCAGGAGCCCAAUUCUGUCCUCCGAGAGCCACAGCCCAGUUCAACAGAGCGAACCCUCUCAGCAAACUUGAGGGAACAGAGUGUCUCACUUGUAUUCUUCUCCACAGGAGAGACCUGACCAGGGAGGGAAAAGGUAGCAUUCAUGAUUAUCCGCAUCUGAAGCUGAAAGAACUGAGGGGGAAGUGUUAAGCUCCUGCUGAUGCCUCCCACUUAUAUAUCUGCUGUUUGUCCCCUUUCCCCAAAGGUGCAUGAGAUGGAAAGCAGGGAGAGAAACAGAGGGAGUCUUGCUGCCCUUUGCAAUUUUGGGCUAUGCUGGGUUUUUCUUUCUUGCUUAAAUAAGGGUGGGGGUGGGGGAUGCUCCAGAGCUGGGAUUACACAGCCAAGCACAUAAAAAACUUUUUUUAAAAUAUCCAAACAGUGCAGGCAGGGGACUUACACCAGUUGUUACAAGCACAACUGCACAUGGCAGUCAAAACAGGAAUGGCCUUUUUGCUAAAGUGUUAUUCUGGAUAAUACACUCUGUGUAGAUUGCUAACAAGAAAGAAUUUUAUUUGGGGUGGGGGCUGGAAAUAGUUAUUUGUUCUAUUGUUACUUGAUGUAUUGCAUUUGUCAAUCUUUUGCAAUAACCGUUACUGACUUUGAAAUAACAAGCAUAUGGACUGCUGAGUAUGUUUUUAUUAUUCUGUAUCUAGAUAUUAUUGAAAAUAAAAAUAUAGCAAAAGAAAACACCCAGGAAUGGCAAAGUUCUCAAGGAAAAUAGGCACAUCACACUGCACCAAAUACACUGAAUAUGCAAUUAUGUGUCACUUGAAAGCCUCCCCCCCCAUUAUAGCUCUUAUGGAAGCACCCACCUGGACCAUCAUGAGGGUCUUGCUGUCACCACUGAGAGAGUCUUGAAGCAGGUAGGUCAGCUUGGAGUUGCGGAAUGGCACAUGGCCCUGGCGGGAACGCAGGGCAUAGAUCACAUCUCCUAAAGCUGAGAGCGAUUUGUUGAUGUACUGGGCCUCACGCAGCCUGCUCCCCUCUGCACCAGACCUCCCCACACGCUCAGAUCCUGCCAGAUCGACCAAAUUCAGCUUCCCUAGGAGGAAAGAAGUCAGGCACACUUGAACUGCAAUCCUGAGCAUAAGCAUACAUACUUGCUAAUAAAUAUGUUUAGGACUGAGCUAUUAGUAUUCAACAAGACUUUGGGUCUCAGCAAACAAUAGCCAGAGCCACUGAUGAUCAAGCACCCUUCUAAGUUCACCAAGAAACCAAAGAGCUUGGCUGUAUGUAGAAACUGGUGAUCGAGAACCCAAGGGUUCAGCUACUGGUUCGUCCACAAUGGUGGCAAACACAAUGCAAAGGAACAACCCCUGGCUACCAGGCAAAGUGAUGCUCAAUAAUGUUUCUUACAAUUUAUUCUGCUCAAUUAAACCUGGUGGCUUACUGCAUGGACCUCUCCUGGAUUUUGUCUCAAGUAUCAACUGGCCUGAGCUACAUUGUCAUUAUCAUCUACAAAACUCAUUGACAUUCCUCAGUGAUCUGUUUCCUACAUGAUUCACUUAUGACCCAGGUUAGGAGACCAUGUUUCCUUCAUGGUUGACAACAAUUAGGAGGAAAUUCCUACCAACCUGUGGUUCGUAUCCCUGUACUGUAAUCAAUUCCCCUCACUGUGAUAAUCAGGAGGGCAUGAGAUCGGGAGCUGUGCUCGUUCAAGUAGGUGCUUUCAGUCACUCGGUUGAUAUGACCAAAUUCAAAGACCUAGAAUAAGUGCACAGAGAGAGAGAGACUGUCAAGCCACACCUGCCUUCAGCAGCCAGUUCUCACAUAGGCCUCCCUCUCUGACCAUCAUCCCAGGCACUUGGCACCCAUUCAGAGGGCAGCAGGUUGCCUGAGCAGCAGAGUGCCUUUGCAGAAAUUCCCUGGCACCACAUGGUCAGUGGAAGUCCUUAAGAUUUGCUACACAUGAAAACAGCUGAAAACUCAAAGCCCAAGAAACAGGAAAAAAGAUGCAGGCUGCACAGUAAACUCAGCACAGUGCAACAUGCACAAUACUGCCCAUAUCACAUUUUUAUAUAAUCAUAUAAAUCAAAGCAAUUUCUAGUA